AGUCUCACCGCUGAUUCGGAGAAUAUCGUAAGAUCAAAUUUUGGUUAAAAGACGUACAGCAGAGAUCAUGAGAUUUAGCUGUGCCUACUUGGUUUUAAUUACUUCCGCAAUCGCCGGUAGCAGCGAUGGCAUUAAUGAAUCUGCUAAUAAGAACGUCCUUCUAAUUGUUGCUGACGACGGAGGAUUUCAGAUGGGCGCUUACAACAGCAUGUGCAUUACAGAAAACUUGGACAAGUUGGCAAAAAAGAGCCUGAUCUUUGACAAUGCCUUCACGGCUGUCAGCAGCUGCUCGCCCAGCCGUUCAGCAAUCCUGACUGGAGAGCCAAACCAUCAAAACGGAAUGUACGGACUGCACCAAGGCGUUCACCAUUUCCAGUCAUUUGACCAAAUUCAGAGUUUGCCUAAAAUUCUGUCGAAGAGGAAAAUCGCAACAGGAAUUAUUGGCAAAAAGCACGUUGGGCCGGCUGAUGUGUAUCCCUUUGACUUUGCGCACACAGAGGAGAAUAACUCGAUAAUGCAAGUUGGCAGGAACAUUACCAAGAUCAAGAUUUUGGUCAGAGAAUUUCUGGCUAAAAGCAAGAAAGACCCAUUUUUUUUAUAUGUGGCGUUUCAUGACCCUCACCGUUGCGGCCAUACCAACCCGGAGUAUGGUCAAUUUUGCGAAAAAUUUGGAAACGGCGAGCCAGGUAUGGGCCUAAUCAAAGACUGGAGCCCAAUUUAUUACCAACCUGACGAGAUCACGCCGCCUGAUCUGCCCUAUUUUAUUCCAUUCACAAGAGCGGCGCAGGAAGACGUUGCUGCCCAGUUCACCACUAUGUCCAGAUUGGACCAAGGAGUUGGUCUUAUCAUGAAGGAGCUCCAAAGUGCUGGGGUUGAUGGCUCCACCUUAGUUAUUUACACCUCUGACAACGGCAUCCCCUUUCCCAGUGGGCGCACCAACCUUUAUGAUCCUGGCCUUUCUGAGCCGAUGUUAAUCCACUCUCCGCUGCACAGAAAGAGGCAGGGUAAAGUGACUUAUUCGAUGACUUCCCUACUUGACGUCACCCCAACUAUUCUGGACUGGUUCGGCAUUGAGAAGCCCUCGCAACUGACAGGACGGUCACUUUUGCCACUUUUAACCGACGAACCGGAGGAGGACAGGCCUAUUUUUGCGAGUCACACAAACCACGAGGUCACUAUGUACUACCCAAUGCGCGCGGUGCGUACCAAAAGAUACAAGUUGAUCCACAACCUCAACUACAAAAUGCCAUUUCCAAUUGAUCAGGACUUUUUCAUCUCUCAAACUUUCCAGGAUAUGCUGAAUAGGACAAGAAACAAGGAGCCUUUGAACUGGUAUAAAACAUUACAAAAUUACUAUUACCGGCCUGAGUGGGAAUUGUUUGAUUUGCGUCUGGACCCAGAGGAAUAUUACAAUGUCGCCAACAAGAAAUCCUACAAGAAAAUUUUUGAUGAUCUGAAAACGCAGCUCUGGCAGUGGCAAAACGCAACCAAUGACCCGUGGUUGUGUGCUCCGGGUGCAGUACUUGAAAAUACUGGAGAGUUCAAAUUACACCCAGCAUGUCUUUCAGCUGGUUACUUUAAUGACGAUCUGUACUAGUUUAAAUUUUUUCAUUAUAAAAAAUUGUAUUUU